AUGGCUGCACCCGACGACUACGACCACCUUCAAUUGCAACUCCCGUACUACUCUGGGGCAAUUACAGACGGCCAGAGGCCGAUCUACCUCCCACCACUCAGCGACGCAUCUAUCCUCGCCCACAGGUUUCAGCUGCAGCUCGGUAUGCGCUGCCAUGCCGGGUCCCAGCCACUUUGCUUUAACGCCUGGAAGCGAAACUUCCAGCUCAACAAGCACUUUAUGACCUGGACCGAGUACUGUGACCUGCUGGCAGUUAACGAGUACAGACAUUUUGAUGCCGAGCCGAUGACAGCAUCUGUCCCAAGCUCGAGCGGAGCAUCGUCGCGCGAGUGGGGCUCGGCCAAACCAGACAGAAUCACCAUUGGCUCCUCGCUUAAAGCUAUCGGGGAUAUCCUUCUUCCAAGCCUUGAGCCGUGGGGCCAGUUUGCCUUUGGUAUCUACGAGUACAAGUGGUACACGACAGACGAGGCCGUGCUCCACGUCAGGCGCCAAGGCGCCUACCGGUUGCUGUGGUACAUGCACGUGUGCGGUGUCACCGGUCGUUUUGUGCGUCCAUGGGGCGCCGCCAUCAUCAACGAGCCCUGUCUGUUCGUCGUUCGCCUUUCCGAUGGCACGUUCCUCCUUCAAGGCCACACCGCCGAUCGCCGCACUGUCACCAUUGACGAGCUCGAGUCGGAGGCGGCGUUCUGGGAUACCCUCGGCAGUGACCUGACGGACGGUCGCGCCCUCGCGAACCUUUUGGUGGCAACACACACGGCCAACCUCGCCCUCGCUCUAUGUGACCGGUCCAGUGACAGCCCCGGAUCACUGGGCCCUGACCCGCAAGCCGCGGAGGACGCUGGACAUGACAUGGACGACGAGAACGACGAGAACGACGAGGACGAACAGGACGAUGGCCUCAAGGACGACGGUAACGCUGUCUUUGACGAGGACGGCGGCACGGGUCCGCUAGAACGCUGGCUCUUGAGCCGUUCGGGCGUGCGUAUCGUCACAUGCGAGGAAGGGCUGCUCGAGUGCCUAGUCACCGCUCCCGAUAUUGAAGCGGCCUGGGCGUCCUGGAACUCGGCCAGGCCGCUCAAGGAGGUGCAGCAGUCCUAG